AUCUCACAAUGUUGAAAUUAGCAGCAUUAGAGAGUAAUAAAAACCAGGACCUGGAAAAAAAGGAAGGUCAUAUAGAUGAUUUGCUCAGGGCUAACUGUGAUCUCAGACGACAAAUAGAUGAUCAACAAAAAUUACUUGAAAAAUACAAAGAGAGAUUAAAUAAGUGCAUAUCAAUGAGCAAGAAACUUCUUAUUGAGAAGAGCACACAAGAAAAACUGUCAAGCAGAGAGAAAAGUAUGCAAGAUAGAUUACGCCUGGGGCACUUUACAACAGUUAGACAUGGUGCAUCAUUUACUGAACAAUGGACAGAUGGCUUUGCAUUUCAGAAUCUUGUGAAGCAACAAGAGUGGGUGAAUCAGCAAAGGGAAGAUAUUGAAAGACAAAGAAAACUUCUAGCCAAACGCAAACCUCCCACAGCUAAUAAUUCUCAGGCACCUUCUACCAAUUCUGAACCAAAACAAAGAAAAAACAAAGCAGUCAACGGAGCAGAAAAUGAUCCCUUUGUUAGGCCAAAUUUACCACAACUGUUGACUUUGGCAGAAUAUCAUGAACAAGAAGAAAUUUUCAAACUUAGACUAGGACAUCUCAAGAAGGAAGAGGCAGAAAUCCAGGCAGAACUUGAACGUUUGGAAAGAGUCAGAAAUCUUCACAUACGGGAGCUCAAAAGAAUAAACAAUGAAGAUAAUUCACAGUUCAAAGAUCACCCAACAUUAAAUGAAAGAUAUUUAUUACUUCAUCUGCUUGGAAGAGGUGGCUUUAGUGAAGUGUAUAAGGCUUUUGACCUGUAUGAACAAAGAUAUGCUGCUGUGAAGAUCCAUCAGCUUAAUAAAAGCUGGAGAGAUGAGAAAAAAGAAAACUACCACAAACAUGCCUGCAGAGAGUAUAGAAUACACAAAGAACUGGAUCACCCUAGGAUAGUUAAACUAUAUGACUAUUUCUCCUUGGAUACAGAUACGUUUUGUACAGUGUUAGAAUACUGUGAAGGCAAUGACUUGGAUUUCUAUCUGAAGCAACACAAAUUAAUGUCAGAGAAAGAAGCUAGGUCUAUUGUAAUGCAGAUUGUAAAUGCACUAAGAUAUCUCAAUGAAAUCAAACCUCCUAUUAUACAUUAUGAUCUUAAGCCAGGCAAUAUCCUUCUGGUAGAUGGGACAGCAUGUGGAGAAAUCAAAAUUACUGAUUUUGGUCUGUCCAAAAUUAUGGAUGAUGAUAGCUAUGGUGUAGAUGGGAUGGAUCUAACUUCCCAAGGAGCAGGCACUUACUGGUAUUUACCUCCUGAAUGUUUUGUAGUUGGAAAAGAGCCACCAAAGAUUUCCAACAAGGUUGAUGUAUGGUCAGUUGGGGUCAUCUUUUUUCAAUGUCUUUAUGGGAGAAAGCCAUUUGGUCACAAUCAAUCUCAACAAGACAUUCUUCAAGAAAAUACAAUAUUAAAAGCCACAGAAGUCCAGUUCCCUGUAAAACCAGUUGUAAGCAGUGAAGCCAAGGCCUUUAUAAGACGCUGUUUGGCAUACCGAAAAGAAGAUCGCUUUGACGUGCACCAGCUGGCAAACGAUCCAUACCUUCUCCCACACAUGAGAAGAUCAAAUUCUUCAGGAAACUUACACAUGGCUGGGCUGACAGCUUCUCCCACACCCCCUUCUUCAAGCAUAAUCACUUACUGA